AUGGGCAAUAACGCCAACCUCUUUCUGAUGCUCGCCAUCCUGCUCUUCGCUAUUCCCUACAGAGGAGCAUUAGAGACAGGAACACACUCCAAUGAUGACGACUACAUACCAGUUUUCUCUGUCGAACAUCGACCUCUAGGCGACCAGAUUAGCGCCUUCCAUGAUCACAAGUUGAUUACUGUGCCACUGUGCUCGGAUUGCCAGUGUUGUUCCGGUAGUGACUCCAGCAAGUGCCGGAUCACGAAAUGUUGUCACAAAAUCAUCUGCGAUCAGCCUGGUCGCUAUUGUUCUCUUAAGCCGGUUUCUUGCAACUGCGACAAGUGCAUAUAA